AUGGUUGUGACUUUUCGCCUUGUUCGAGUAGGACUGGCGAUACUGACUGCCGUAGUUUCAUUCCUGGUGGUAUACUACCUCCAGGAAUCCUUGGAACAAAACUCUGCUACCAGAAUCUCUGACCAGGAAUUCUGGUUUCCAUCGUCGAGCAUAUUGAGAGCAGUCCCGUUCAACGAGGUCGGCAACUCAUCCUACGUCGAACCACCCACACAAUUUCAUUCAAAACCUUACCUGUACUUAGUAGUACUGAUAAUACUGACCGCCAUAGUUUCGUUCCUAGUCUUAUAUCCAGAAUCACAUACCACCGACCACAAAAUCGAUGAUCCGGAAUUCCAGGUACCACUACAGUCGAAUAUGCCAGCGGGCUUGUACAAUGAAGUUGGAAUUGUCUCUAACGGUUGGCAAUGCUCACAAAUCGGAGUGAAUGUUAUGUCAAAGGGUGGAAAUGCCGUAGAUGCCGCUAUAGCUACAAUGCUAUGUGACGGUGUUCUAUGUCCAGAAUACUUGGGAAUUGGUGGAGGAUUUUUAAUGAGCAUCUACAAUGCAACAACCAAAAAAGUAAUCACGAUCAACGCACGUGAAACAGCUCCAGCUGCAGCAAGUACUUCAAUGUUUGUUGAAAAACCCGACAAAUCUAUUUACGGAGGAUUGGCAGUUGCGGUUCCAGGUGCGCUAAAAGGCUACUCAGCUAUAUAUAACUUAUAUGGUGGUGGCGUUCCAUGGGAAUCGUUAUUCGAGUCAGCUAUACAAUUAUGUGAAAAUGGCACUGAUAUCAGUAAACAACUAGAAACAAACUUGAAGAAUAAACAAGACAUGAUUGAAAAUGACCCAUCGUUAAGAGAAUCUUUUUACGAUGAAGAAUUCAGUCGAGUGAAGACUAAUGGAGAAAUUUACAAGUUACCUAAAUUAGCAGAAACACUGAGAAUAAUAGCGAAAGAAGGGGUGGAUGCCAUUUAUAAUGGUUCGUUAACGUCUAAAGUAUUAGAAGAUUUAAAAAAAGUGAAAAGUUUAAUCACCAAAGAAGAUUUAGCCAGUUAUGAUGUUGAAAUUGAAGAAUCUUUUCCCGUUAAGUUGAAAAGUGGACAUACAAUACAUACGGGACCACCGCCUAGUUCUGGUAUAAUAUUAGCCUACAUACUGCGUGUGUUGGACGGCAUGUUACCAGCCCCAAACGCAGGAUUGGACGCUCAUCGAUUGGUGGAGGCUUUCAAAUUUGGUUACGGUGAGAGAACCCAUUUAGGAGAUCAUACAUUUGUAGACGUGUCGCAGAUUUAUGAUAAAGUAAAGUCAGAUUGUUACAUGGAUAGUAUACGUGGUAAAAUAUCCGAUACUUUUACUUCAUCAGAUCCAAAGUAUUACGGCGGUGACUUUCAUAUGCCAGAUAAUCACGGGACUGCUAACAUAGUCGUAACGGAUUCAGUGGGAAAUACUGUAGUGUGCACUAGUACAUUAAACACAUAUUUUGGAUGUGGAUUCAUGUCCCCUAGCACUGGUAUCAUUUUUAAUAACCAAAUGAAUGAUUUUUCUUCUCCGGAAGUUAUAAACUACUAUGGAAUUCCGUCUUCACCUGCAAAUUUUAUAGAACCAGGAAAACGACCGAUGUCUUCAAUGUGCCCAACUAUUAUUACCGACAAAAAUGGUGAUCUUGUUCUUGCAAUAGGAGGAGCAGGUGGAUCAAAAAUCACUCUUACAAUUGCUUAUGUCUUAGCCCUCAGACUAUGGUACGGUAUGUCAUUGAAAGAGGCGAUAGACAAACCUAGAAUUUAUCACCAACUUGUUCCCAUGAAAGUUCUUUAUGAGUAUGGAACGACAAAGGACGUUGUUCAAAAACUUAAAGAUAUUGGUCAUCCAGUGAUGAGAUUAAAUAAUGUUGUUUCAGCAGCAACAGCUAUUGGGAAAUCCGCAUCAGGAAUGAUCGUAGCUAUGCCAGAUUUCCGGCGACCAGGAAAUUCGUGCGGAUAUUAA